AUAAAAAUCAAAAUCAAAUCUCAUUACCUUUUCCAUACAUAAUUUCAGAAACCAAUCAAUCACAAAAAUAAGAAACUCAUGGCGGAGGAGAAGAACAACGACACAUUAAGGUUCGGAAGUUCCAUUCUAGUACCUUCCGUUCAAGAGUUAGCCAAACACCCCAUCACCGAAAUUCCACAUCGAUACAUCCGCCCCGAUCUCCCCCACCACUCCCCCAUCUCCUCCGACGCUUCCCAAAUCCCCGUCAUCGACAUGUCCAACUUGCGCUCCCAUGAUACAAUGGAUUCCGAGUUGUCUCGCCUUCACUCCGCCUGCAAAAAUUGGGGAUUCUUUCAGUUGGUGAAGCACGGAGUGAGCGAAUCGUUGAUGGAGAGAAUGAAGAUGGAAACUCAGAAAUUGUUCGAACUUCCGAUUGAAGAGAAGAAAAAGCUAUGGCAAAGAGCGGGAGAUGUAGAGGGAUUUGGACAAGCUUUCGUUAGAAGUGAAGAACAGAAAUUGGAUUGGUGUGAUAUGUUCUUCAUGGCUACAUUGCCUUUACAUUUCAGGAAUCCCCGAUUGUUACAAAAUCUCCCUCUCUCUUUGAGAGAGACAUUGGAGGAGUACUCGGCGGCGGUGAAGGAUGUGGCGACGGAGAUAUUUGACGGUGUUGAGAAAGCGUUGGGGAUAAAAGAGGGAGAGUUGAGUGAAUUGUUCAAGAACGGUAAUCAAUCGAUGAGAAUGAACUAUUACCCACCCUGCCCGGAGCCGGAGAAGGUGAUCGGGCUGGCGCCUCAUUCCGACUCCGUUGGCCUCACGAUUCUGCUCCAAAUCAACAAAGUUGAAGGUCUAAAGAUUAAGAAAGAGGGGAAUUGGAUUAACGUUAUGCCUCUCCCAAAUGCCUUCAUCGUUAACAUUGGCGACAUCUUGGAGAUGGUAACAAAUGGGGAAUACAAAAGCAUAGAGCAUUGUGCAACAGUGAACUCAAAGAGUGAAAGGUUGUCCAUAGCAACUUUCAACUCUCCAAGUUUGGAGAAAGAAAUAAGGCCAACACCAUCCCUUGUUACGCCUCAUUCUCCUCCUUUAUUUAGAACUGUGACACAUCAAGAGUAUGUGAGGGGCCUUUUCUCUCGAACAAUUGACGGAAAAUCUUAUCUCGAAGCAAUGCGAAUUCACCCUCAUUCAACCUAAUUAUUUGCUUUUCAAAUUGGAGUCUAAGAUUGAAAAAGUUAUAUUUGAUGUUUGGAUGUUAAAAGUCCCUAAAUGAAAUUUCAUAUGAAACUAUUAUCUUUUCUACAAAAUUUCAUAUAUUUGAAAUGGAUUGUUUUGGAUGUUGAAAUGUAUUACAUGUUUAUUAUUUUAUCUAAA